GGGAUCUGGCGCCGCGGAGCCAGGUCGCAGAGCUGGUGGGCCAUGGCGCUGCCUCUGAGAACGUCGCUGACGCUGUGUUUGGCGCCGCGGAGUCGGGCGUUCAGCGUGUCCGCCGCACAGCAGGCAAACAGCGCAUACAAGCUGGUGGUGGUCGGCGGCGGUUCGGGAGGAUGCAGCGUGGCCGCCAAGUUCGCCAAGAAGCUGGGCAAGGGGAAGCUGGCGGUCAUCGAGCCGGCCCAGACGCACUACUACCAGCCUAUGUGGACUCUGGUCGGGGGUGGCAUGAAGUCGGCGGAGCAAUCCGGCAGACCCAUGAAGGACGUGCUGCCCGCGGCAGCCGACUGGAUACAGGACCGAGUGGUCUCGUUUGACCCGAGCUCCAACAAAGUGACCACCAGCUCGGGCGACGAGAUCAGUUAUGAGUACUUGGUGGUGGCCAUGGGCAUCCAGAUCAACUGGGACGGGAUCAAAGGGCUGAAGGAGGCGCUGGACACGCCCGGCGUCUGCUCAAAUUACUCCCCCAAAUACGCUGAGAAGACGUAUAAGGAGCUGCAGGCAUUUAAAGAGGGGAAUGCUAUCUUCACUUUCCCCAACACGCCAAUCAAGUGUCCCGGAGCACCGCAGAAGAUCAUGUACAUCGCUGAUCAGUACUUCAGGAAGACGGGGAAGCGCGACAAGGCCAACAUCAUCUACAACACCUCCCUGCCGGUGCUAUUCGGCGUGAAGAAGUACGCCGACGCGCUGUGGGAGGUGGUGAAGAAACGUGACAUCACGGUCAACACGCGCCGCUGUCUGACGGAGGUGCGGCCCGACA